CUCCGCAUUACGGGCCAAAUUGCCCUCUGAAUUAUAAAUGAUGUAGAUCCUCUACCCAUCGUGAUUUCCGAGACAUUAAAUACUAAACCUCAUGGGCCGAAAGCGCGAAAAGUUUUCUCCGUUCCCUCAAGCAGUCGACGGCGAAGUGAGUGCCAUGUAGCUUUACCUUCAUCAUUCAAAAACGCAUCUUCGUGGGACUUAUGUCAGGUCCGCAAUUCGGAGCGAUACGACGUUUUGAGACUAAUACUGCCCGUGCAACAUUCGCUUUGACAACGAGUACAUUUAUCCCAACUGCUUUGUACACAUUGAACGAACUUACCAAGUUUACGUCUACUCAAGAUAGCAACUAUGGAACUCUCUUCUGUUGUGCACGGAGUAUUGUUGCUGGAACUGGCCGUCUUCCUUGUAUUUCCGACAAGCGAGGCUGUUGAAUUCUACAGUUUAGGUGGUAUAUUCGACGAUGGCCCACCACCCAAUCCAGAGCGUAUGAUAUUCGUCCAGUCGUCCAUACGUAAUAACAUACGGAGCAACUCGUCCUCGUCGUCUCGUCCUUUCCACGCUGCUGCACGACUGCAGCAUACCAAGCUUGAGAACAAUGCUGCGGUCCUCCGAAAAAUGUGUGUGGUUCUAGCCUAUAAUGUUUCACUGACCGUGGGUAUGGUGGACUUCAAUGUGGCCAACAUGGUGGCGUCUACCAGCCAACAGAUACAAGUCCCUUUCAUCACUCCAAGCUUCGCCUCCAAGGAGUCCUUUCCUGACAUGGACUUUGACUAUGUGAUAUCGAUGAGACCUUCUUUGAUUCAACCUUUACUGGAUCUGCUGGAAUACCACAAGUGGAAAGACUUUGCCUACAUCUACGAUGGACAACGAGGUUUACGGCGAUCUGAUACCUUUAUGCAGAUGUUUCCUCAAUAUGGCUACAAUGUGGUCUUUAAGAAUCUCUUAAAGGAUAGGAACAUCACUGAGACACUGAAGAGUAUGGCUGAACUAGGAAAUCAUCUUGUCGUUUUCGACCUCAACCUUGAAAACUCCGUCGAAGUUUUAAGAAAGGCAAACGGACUCGGAAUGGUGACUGCGUCCUAUCACUACAUAUUCAUGGACCUGGACAUUAGUGAGAUGAACUUGACUGAAUUCCAGGCUGGGGGUCUUAACAUCACUGGUUUCCGACUAUUGGAUAAAAACAGUGAUGCGUACCAGGACUUCAUCUGGGAAUGGCGGUCCUACGUCAAGAACUCCUCCUAUCAGGAAGUGGAUAUUAACUACUUCCAUUUGAGCAACCCAGCAUUAUCUGUGGACAUGAUGGACGUGGCACUAGAAGCAUUGGAUCUCUACCGCAUGGAUCCAUCCAGUAACAUCAAGAGGAAAGAGAAAUCUCUCUCAUGCAACCUAGGCUCCUCUUCCCGGGUCAUUCCCAAUCCUGACGGCCCUAAUCUCAAAGAGGUUAUCAAGAAGGUGAAACUGCAAGGGUUGACGGGUAACAUUGAGUUUGACAGUGAUGGAAAUCGCGCCAACUACUCGCUGCAAAUUCUUGGUUUGAGAGGGAAAACUUUAAUGAAGGUCGGAACAUGGAACGGUGCAAACAAACAGCGGUUGACCUUUGACUCUCAGGGUGACACCGAGGCGCCGAUAAGCCCAGGGGAAGGUCGAAUGUACACCAUCACAUCCAUACUGAAUCCGCCAUUUCUGAUGCGGAAACCUGGAGGCAAACCCAAUGAGUAUCAAGGCUACUGCGUGGACCUACUUAUUGAGAUCGCCAGGGUGUACCGUGGCCCUAAGUUCAAUUAUAAAAUCGAGCUGGUGUCCGACUCUGAGUUUGGUUCACAGAUGGCCAAUGGCAAAUGGAACGGUAUGAUCGGAGAGCUAAUGUACGGGAAAGCUGACAUUGCAGUGGCCCCGUUGACCAUCAACGUUCAACGGGAGCGCGUGAUUGGAUUCACCAAGCCUUUCAUGAGCGUCGGGGUUAGCAUCAUGAUCAAGAAACCUAUGGAUAAUAAACCCAGCGUCUUCGCUUUCAUGCAACCACUGGCGCCUGAGAUAUGGAUGUGCGUUAUCUUUGCCUGCUGUAUCGUCAGUGUUGUGCUGUUUCAGGUGAGUCGAUUUAGUCCGAAGGAGUGGCACCGUGUGGAUCACCCUCCGUCUACGCCGUCCGGCACGGGGGACUACUCCUCGGAGAAGCCCGGUGAGAGGUUCGUGACUGAAGACCAAGAGGAGACCGAGAAUGACUUUGGUAUCUUCAAUAGUCUAUGGUUCACUGUAGGGGCCCUCAUGCAGCAGGGAUGUGAGCUAUGUCCAAGAUCUAUGUCCGGUCGCUUGACUGGUGGUGUCUGGUGGUUCUUCACUCUCAUCAUCGUCUCAUCCUACACGGCCAACCUGGCUGCAUUCCUCACUGCUAAGAGAAUGGUUAUGCCUAUAUCGUCCGCAAGUGACUUGGUGGAUCAAACGGCUAUUACCUACGGUAUUUUAAAAUCCGGAUCCAGUCAGACAUUUUUUCAGACAUCUACAGUUCCCCUUUAUCGUCAUAUGUGGGAGUUUAUGCGCAACUCGGAGAGAUCGCCUUUCGCCAAUACGACGCAAGAGGGCGUGGAGAGAGUUCGUAAGUCCAACGGUAAAUACGCGUUCCUGCUGGAGUCUGCCAUGAAUGACUAUUACAACUCGCAGCCCCCUUGUGACACGAUGAUGGUCGGGAGUCUAUUGGACUCCAAAAGCUACGGUAUCGGAGUCUCCAAACAUCUAGUUGAAGUCAGGGAGCUUUUGACGCUGGCCAUUCUGGAGUUACGAGAACAAGCCGCCUUGGAUACUCUCCAGAAGAAAUGGUGGAGUGGUAACGGGUCUAGCUCCUGUAAAGUUCAGAAAGUUCCCGAACACUUGCAAAAGACCAGCGCGCUGAACCUCGACACGCUAGCGGGCGUUUUCUACAUUCUUCUCGGUGGCCUUGCUGGGGCUCUCCUUGUUGCUGGAAUUCAUCUAUUCUGGAGAUCACGGCAUGAAAUCAUCGCGGCCAAAGACAGGUACCUUCAGGCGCGUCGAGAACUGUUGCCAGAAUCCAAAAAGCAAACAUUACCAAUGAACAAAGGGGCUCAAAGCAAAAGUAGUGGAACUGGCAGUCACACAGUGUGAUAUCGCCCUCAUCGGUCACUGUUUAUGACCAUUACUGAAGACAAAACACAAAUCAAAGCUAUAUAUUGAGAGAGUUGCGACAGCUCGCGAUUACAAAAGCCAUUUUGAAUCCAAAUUACACUUACGCGAACACAGGGUAGCAGACUUGUCUGCCAAUUUUGUUGAGUGCUAUGAAUUUGCACCGAAAGAGCCGUCCAGCAACCACGUGACCAGAGGAAAGUGGUGCCUGCAUGUCGCAACUAACUCAAUACACAGCUCCGCAUAGACCAGGGCUCAAUUUCAUAGAGCUGCUAAGCACUAUAAUUUUGUUUAGCAUGAAAAUUUUGCCUUGAUAAAA